GGGGACUCGGAUCCGAGAUUGGCGGGUUGCUUGUUGCUCACGGUGCUGCGCUCGGGACCUUAGAUAUUUGUUCGGGUCAUGGCAGGGCAUCUGAUCCGGUGCGUGCAUGAGUCUUUUAAUGAGCCGCAGCGCCGGUGCGGGUGGAGCGGACGGGCCGAGUACAAGAGGCCAUUUGCCGACGGGUCUCGGUUCUUCGGUUGGAGUGUGUCGUAGCAGCGGCGGUCGUGACAGGGGCGGAACUCUCGCAAUCUGUCAGCCUGCGGCACGGACAGAAUUCGUCCAGGGGCGUCGUGUCGACCAUCUGUAGCCGAGCAGACGCAAGUGAUAGUAACAGUCGUCACGUAGCGGUCGACAUUAUCGUCGCGGAGAUCGGACGGGGACCGAUGUGAAGGUUCGGACUGUGAGGGAGCUGAACGAGAGAGAGUUCGUGGAUGAUUCGGAUAGCCUGACAGGUGAAACUCUCCUCCGGCAGUGGUGGACGCUGUCGGGUUAGAUGGGCUGACACGGAGGUGGAGAGAGUAGUGUUAUGCGGCAAUUUGCUCAUCGGCACAUUCAUCGGUUCGUGCAGGAGCUGGGGAUCCUGGUAGCGCGCACAUGUCGAGUUCAUCUAGUCCACCGCAUGUCGGACGGGCGAGGCGGUUUUGGUAAGGAGAUCGGUCUGGGGCCUUGACGCUGCAUGGAUAUUACUGGGGAAGUCGCGUCGUUUAUGUCGCACGGGUGGAGCAUAUUCGGGAGAAAUGGUGUCAUCUGUGUAUGCAGAAAGAUGACGCUUUGGGACGUGAGAGUACAACACUUCGGGGAUGGUAGCCACCUCUCAGACCCCACAGGUAGCUGUGGACUUAGGCACCGUGCCUUCAGAUACGUUAGUGUGGAGUCCCCGGGGUAUAGAUAUCUUCAUUGAUCUAAAGAUUCGUCUUAGUAACGAGGAAAGUGUCCAAGCACCCACCAUCGGCACAGAAGACAGCCCAGGGGAUUGCGAAGGAGGAUUAUAUGUACCGUCGAAGCCUGCCACCAACAUCCUAGAGGGUGAUUGUAGUAAACAGCGGGGAAGAAAUGUCGAAGACCUUGUGCUCUUCGGCGGGAUACACCGUUCUUUUGGCAGUGAAGCAGGCGACGAGAUCCUGGAUUCCGAAGGAACAGGUGUGACGGGUGACGCGAAUUGUGAGAUCACGGCAUCUGUUGAUGUUUUGUCGGACGACACGAGUUAUGAGAAUACAGCCAAGGUGUCGUCAAAGGUAGCGACCAUCGGUGAUACUGAAUCGGCGUCAAUCUUAUCUUCGAGGGGAGGAACCGACGGGGAUGGCGACAUCACUCCCGUCCCCGUCUAUGACUCAUGUGUGUUCGGAAUCGAAGGCCUAGAUAUAGACGACAUCUCUGCAGCAUGUCAGCUUCUGGAGCUGGGAGUCGAAGAUGUCGAGGAAGAAGAUGACGCCCAUGAGAAGUGGGCAGCAAGUCGGCUUUUUGAAUUGUGUGCCUACUGCCCCGACGACGAAACAGACGAUGCCGACGAGCGCUGGAAUAACUUCCAUCGGCGUGCAGCGUCAGGCGAGUUAUUAGCUCCCAAUGAGCCUUAUUGUACAGAUCUUGCGCUCUACACUAGAAAAUUAGGACGAGGAACCUUCCAUUCCUGGAACGCACGGGAGAUUAGUGAGGAUUUUUCCAGCGAUCUCAGAACGUUGAACUUGAAGAGGAUCAAACCCAACAAAGAUUCCAGCUACAGGGGGCUUGAUAGCGAUGACGACUGGGACAUUCUGGAUAGGCCACCCCACAAGCGUCAGUACAAAUCUUUGCGGCAAAUGUACUAUCACAACCCUUGGGGCAGCUAAAGCCACCGAUGUAAUCAAUGGAUCAGAGUUCAACCUUCUCGUGGCUCCUUGUCUGCAGAGACAUUGUAAGUACGAUUCGUGGAGUGCAUGUGUUCUAUCAAUUGGGGCCACAUGCCAGUCGUCCUCAGUAGCGCUUUCUUCAAAUUUGAAAAUGUCAACUGACCGUGGCUCACCGUCUUUCUUGCCGCCUCAGUGGCCCCGUUCCGUUCCUUCCAACGCCCCCGGAAUGCGGAAAAGCCCCCACUUCACAUAGUGCGUACGAUGUCAUGAUCCCUCUCUUAGCGAGAUAUCGUCAGUUCGUUGCGCAGGAAAGUAUUUUCUCGAAUCGAUCGUGUUCAGCCCAGAGGAUGUGCACUUGAGAGAGCAAUUACAUUGAUCUGACUAUGCUAUCAGAGAUUUUGUCAUUCGGAGAACCCGAAUUUGUAAAUUUGACACUGCAGGAAAUAAACUCGCAGCGG